AUGUCUUACAUGUUCUUCGAGUCGGUAACGAACAGCUUCGCGAAACAGUGCACAUGCAAAGCAAAGAGGGAAGGAAGAGCGAAAAAGAAAAUGGCUUCCAGAGGAACAAUAGAAACGUUCGACCCUACGAAUCCACAAGCGUGGACUACAUAUGAAGAACGGCUAGAAUUUUACAUGGGGGCGCAGAAAAUAGUAGCAGAUGAAGAGAAAAGAGCCGCCAAAGCAGCCCCGGCCGCUGUGAAACAAAAGAAGUACGAAGAAAUCAUAAAGCUCCUGCGAGAUCAUUUCGUCCCCAAGACGUCAUCGAUAGUAAGCCGUUUUCAGUUCAUAGAAGAGAACAGAGAUCAGGGCAAUCCAUUUCCGCAUUCAUUGGAGAAUUACGGCAACUGGCUGAAAAGUGCAAUUUUGAAGCCGGUACACUCAACGACAUGUUACGAGAUAGAUUGGUGUGCGGCGUCAGAGAUGAAAACCUACAGCGUCGCCUAUUGGCAGAAGAAACACUCACAUUUAGGGGUGGAAUGUCAUUUUUGUAAGAAGGUAGGCCACAUAGAGAGAGUUUGUUUAUCUAAGAAGAGACAACAGGGACAACAAUCUACAAGAAUGAAACAGUCAUCGACACAUCAACAAACCAGCAUUAAAGUCGAUGAGCCAAAUGAAUACAGCAUUUACAACUCAGGUGCUGCACAUUCGGUAGUUGGAAAAAGUACAUUCGAACAAGUGAGGCGUACAGCAAACAGCCUACAGCUAAAACAACCAAAUGUGAUACUGAAAGAUUACCAGAAACAAAACAUUGAUCGUUUAGGUGCCUGUGAUGUAACCAUUAAGUUAAAGUCGAGAUGUCAACGACUAGCCCUCAUAGUGACGGAACAAGAUCAUGCAAACCUCUUAGAUCGUAACUGGUUUGAGGCACUAGGCAUAGCCGUGGUUGGUAUAAAUUCUCAGACAGCAAAGGUCACUGAUUUAUAUCAAGAAUUCGAAGAUGUCUUUUCACAUGAAUUAGACAAAUUUAAGGGCACUCCUCUAUCCUUCAAUCUGGAUGCAAACGUCAAACCGAUUAUUUGUAAGGCAAGAAAAGUGCCAUAUGCCAUGAAACCUCUCAUUGAGAAAGAGUUAGAAGAUUUGGAAAAACAAGGUGUGCUAGAACCUGUAAGCCACCCAAAUUGGGCAACACCCAUUGUAGCUGUAAUGAAGUCACCCACAGAAGUGAGAAUUUGUGGGGAUUACAAAUCCACAUUGAACACGGUUCUCCACACAGACACCUAUCCGAUUCCAUCAGUACAGUCAAUGCUAGCAGUUCUAGCAGGGGGAAAAUACUUUGCUCGACUGGAUCUCCGACAAACUUUCCAGCAACUGACCGUGACAGAAGAGACUGCAGAAGCCCAAACCUUAAUAACGCAUAAAGGUGCUUUUAGAGUGAAGAGAUUGCAAUUUGGCAUCAACAUUGCUCCACAUAUUUUCCAAAGAUUUAUAGAUCUUAGAUUAGCAGGAAUCCCUGGGGUUCUACCAUAUUUUGACGACAUUUUGGUAGUAGCCUCCUCAAUGGAAAAUCUAAAAAUGCGUCUGCGAGCAAUAUUAUCAAGAUUUAGAGAAGAUGGGCUUCGGUUGAGAAAAGAAAAAUGUAUUUUGUUAACGAACAAAGUGCAAUUCUUGGGGUACGAGAUUACAGAAGAAGGUAUUCGGCCCUCCGAAGAAAAGAAAAAAGCUAUAAUAGAAGUUUCAACACCAAGAAAUGUAGAAGAACUGACAGCAUUCCUGGGUAUGCUCAACUUCUAUAGUAUUUUCCAGUCGGGUCGCUGCACGGGGCUGGCCUUGGCUGACUUACCUUAG